CCAACGUGAGAGUCCCGUAUUUCCUUUUUUGUGUAUUUUGCGUUUAUCUGAAGAAGAACACGGCAAGUUUGUUUGAUUCCUCCUCCUAUAAGAACGCGUUUCAAGUUUUGCGUUUCCUCGAAAUUUCGAAUCCCUAAUUACUACUCGUCCUUUGAGGCCAAUUUGAAGUAAUCGAUAACAUUCCCGAAGAAUCUCUUUCUCUAGUUAGUAUGAGCCCUACACAAGUGAACAAACGCGUCUUCUUCCGCUGUGGAAACCCAUUCAAGAUUCUGUUUCCGAAGAACAACAACAACAAUGCAACUUUAUCGCCGAAGCUUCUCUCAAUAUUGAACAAUUUCGAGACAGAUUUGACGGUGUCGAUUAGAGAACUUAUACCAAAGGAUGAGAAUGAUAUCAUUACUGUUUCUUGGAUGAAUCAAGCCAUGGAGUCUCUUUGCGGGACACACAAGAGUAUCAGGACACUCGUGACCGAUCUAGAGCAUCCUGUAUCGGACUUGGAGGAAAAUCUGAUUUAUAUGUACUCCGACAUUAGCUUGAAGCUGCUUGAGCUCUGCAACGCCUUCACCUCAGAGCUUGACCGUCUUAACCAUGGCAAUCUAUUACUAAAGUUUGCUUUUAGUAAGCUGGAGACAAACUAUGUUCCCGAGGAAUUCUCACAUCUCGACAGUUGGAAUCAGCUCAUGGCUUCCAAGAACCCGAGAAUCGAAAACUGCGGCGCGGUUAUGAGUAGCCUUGUUGAAUCGAUGAAUCAUCAUCAUCGUCUCUCUGAGAAGGCGAAGAAGAAACAAUCUGCAAAAGAAAAAGUUCUCCUGCGAGCUCUAUACGGUGUUAAGGUCAAGACUUUAUACAUAUUUGGCGUGUUUGCUGCUGCGUUUUCGGGUUCUUGCAAGAAUCUCUUCUAUCUAACCAUUCCAAAGGACAUGGAGGAGGAGCUUCCAUGGGCACAAGCUUUCAUGGAAUUGCAGAACUCGAUUAACCCGGAGAUCAAAAACACAUUUUUAUCAGACAAAUUCACGGUUAUUAAGGAUCUUGAGGCUGUUGAAUCCGGUGUGAAGAAGCUUUACACAGCGGUGGCCCAAGAAGGGUCAGUUCCUAAUUUAUUGGUGGAGCUAUUGAAGAAGUCGGUGAUAGAACUCUCGGAAAGGAUUGAUCUUGUCUCCAAUGAAACACGUCGCUUGUUGAAGAUAGUGAUCUCUGCUCGAGACGCAUUGAACGAGACCCUCUGGACGAAAUUCGCUGAAGAGUUGGGAGCGACAUUGCCGAUGAUUAAAAAUGUUAAGAGACUUGUUUGUGAGUAGAACAUGUAAUUAUGAUGUUUCCGUUCAUGGUCGUUCAGUAACCAUAACAAUGCAGAUAAAAUAGAGAUUUCAAGAA